AUGUCGGUGGAUUCUAACACCAUUGAUCCUGACCUCGAGGCAAACAGCGGUGAACAUGCCUUUCUUAAGAACCACACUGUCCACUCUUUUGCUUGGAAGGGCGUCUCUGUCAACGUGAAGGACCAUGAAACAAAGAAACCCAAGGCCAUCCUUGAGAAUGUGAACGGUCACGUCAGCCCAGGAGAAUUGAUGGUUUUAAUGGGCCCUUCGGGCAGCGGGAAAACUACUUUAUUAAACGUACUCGCCCAUCGCGACUCUGCUCCUGGCGCCGAGAUACAAGGAGACAUCCUAGUCAACGGACAGAAACUCUCGCUCGAAACUUUUCGAUAUAUCAGUUCUUAUGUUGAGCAGGAAGAUGUUCUUGUGGGAGCCCUGACGGUAGAAGAGACCCUACACUUUGCCGCUCAGCUGUCCCUCCCCAGCUCAAUUACGAAAAAGGAGCGGUUAGAACGUAUAUCUAGUCUCCUUAACGCCUUCGGAAUACAAAAGCAGGCAAAGACCCUGAUCGGAACCCCGAUUCGCAAAGGCAUUAGUGGUGGCCAGAAACGUCGUGUAAGCGUGGCUAGCCAGCUGAUUACCUGUCCGAAAAUACUGUUUUUGGAUGAACCGACCAGUGGUCUGGACUCUACGGCCAGCUUCGAAGUGAUGUCUUUUGUGCAGAAACUUGCCAAGAAGAACAAUCUUAUUGUAAUCGCAAGUGUUCACCAACCGUCCACAGCUACCUUCGAGACCUUUGACAAACUCCUGGUUCUAUCUGCAGGCCGGACCUGCUACUUUGGACCCGGCUCGGAAAUGAAACACUAUCUAGACAAAAGUGGACACACGAUGCCCCUACAAAUGAACCCGGCAGAAUUUAUCCUGGAUUUGGUUAAUAUCGACUUCGUAUAUGAUCAAGAUUCAGCGGCUUCCCAGCUUGCACAGAUUCAUAUGAAUUGGGAUAAUUCAGAGGAGUCCUUAAGGGUUCAAACCGAGAUACAAAAGCUAGCGAAUAUUACGGAGAAACAACAAAUACCCUCUGGAUCAUUGAGUCAUGCGGGAGCCCUUUCGAACGUGAUGACUCUGCUCCAUAGAUCGUUCAUCAAGAGUUAUCGCGAUGUAAUCGCAUAUGGAGUUCGAAUAAUUAUGUAUCUCGGAUUGGCGAUCUUGGUGGGCACAGUCUGGCUCAGAUUGGGCUCAGGUCAAGCAAAUAUCCAGCCUUUCAUCAACUCUAUUUUCUUCGCGUCCGCAUUCAUGUCCUUUAUGGCCGUUGCUUACGUUCCCUCAUUCCUCGAAGAUCGAGCAACCUUCAUCAAAGAAAGAUCCAAUGGCCUAUACGGGCCUUUAUCAUUCGUCAUCUCCAACUUCAUAAUUGGUAUCCCAUUCCUAUUCUUAAUCACAAUCAUCUUCGCCAUCGUCUCCUUCUGGCUCGUAAACUACCAAAACACAGCAACUGGCUUCUUCACCUUCGUCAUGUGGUUAUUCCUUGACCUGCUCGCCGCCGAAUCUCUCGUCGUCCUCAUUGCCUCUCUCUUCCCCAACUUUGUCAUUGCCCUCGCACUCACCGCUUUCACCAAUGGCCUCUGGAUGUGCGUGGGCGGUUUCAUGGUGUCCCCUACCGUUCUCAAUGUCUUCUGGCGCUACGUUUUCCACUACAUUGAUUAUCAGGCCUACGUAUUUCAAGGCAUGAUGGUUAAUGAGUUUGCGACGAGAACUUUUGAGUGUGGGCCCGGUUGUCAAUGUAUGUUUGCCAGCGAGCUGGCGUCGGAGUGUAAGAUCGCUGGCAUAGGGGUGCUACAGUCAUUUGGGUAUGCGACGGGAAGGACUGGGAAGUGGGUAGGCAUUCUGCUCGCUAUUACGGCGGUGUACCGGGUUUUCGGAUGGGGUGCGCUGGUGUUGAGGAAGAGGUAG